UCGAGCUAUACUGAGUUAUAUCAAGGAGUUGAAGGCAAAAUAGAGACUUUUAUAUUCAUAAAAAAUGUCUUUCAAAUCGUUUGAAGCUCUUUUGGGAAACUCCAGAAUAGCACAACUUCCCAAAGUUGAAUCAUUUUUUAAUAUUGUUAAAACCAAAUCCGUACCAACUCAUCAGAUCAUUCAAACUACUUCUGCAAAUUUGUAUCGAAGAGAAUGGGGUUUAAAAUCAGCAUUACCAUCCAAGAUUAAGAGCAAAUAUAUCAUUGUUGAUCAAUUUGACACUAUUGAACAUAUGACCAAUUUCGAAAAAAAUGGUAGUUUUCAUUGGAUUAAAAAAAGAUUUCAAGAAUUGCAAAUCCCAUUAAUCAGAGAAAACGAAACAAAUUCUUUAAAUCCUUUAUUUAUGAACCCAGAAAACUUGUCUAAUUAUAAACACACACCUACUCCUUCAUCAUCUAUAAACUCUACUAUAUCUAAUUACAAUGCAGUUGGUCAAAUACAAGAAUUAAUCAACCCUGAAUCUGUUAAGAAUAACAGUGAUGCUAAAAAAUUAUACAAAAAUUUUAAAAAUUUAAGAUAUGAUUUUAAAGAAUAUUUGGUUAAAAAAAAUCCAUCUUUAUAUCUUCAAGCCCAUUCUAAUAUUAAUAAAAAGCAAUUAUUGGUUAAAGAACUUUUAAAUUUUCUUGAAGAAAAAAUGAAAAAAAAUGAAAAAAAUGAUAACAUGGACAUUUUCCAAAAUUAUCAAAAUGGUAUUAAAGGAUUCGGUGGACUAUCAUAUAAUCUUAAAGGUAGAUUAAAAAAUGAUAUUGAUGGAUACUCUUCAUCAACCAUUUUCCCUGGUAGAUCUGUUGGUUUAUCUGGAAACAAAAUGUGUGUUGGUGCUGGUUUUACAUUUAGACCUUUUAAUAAUACAAACAUUUUUCAAAACCUUUUCGGGGAAAACCAAAGAGAAUUUAUGAUUCCAAUAAAUGUUGCUACUGGUUCUAUUAAUGCUGAUGGUGCAGUUAAUUUAUUCGGUAAACCAUUUAAUAAAAACGAAGUUCAAAUAAAUAAAACAAAAAAGAGAGUUACCAAAGGUUACUCUAGGAUUGUUAAUGAUAUUCAUACUGAUAAAUCAGCUUAUAUAUAUAGUGAUGAAAAUGAAGAAAAUAAAAAAGUUUUUAUUAACAAGUUUAUAUCAAUGUUAAGAAAACCUGGAAAACCUGGAAAACCUAAAAAUUAAUGCUUUAAAAUAUAACAAGUAUUCAAUAUAUGUAUAUAGUAUAAUUUUAAAUACAUUUUGACUGAAAUAAAUUUUGGAUUGAUCAAAAUUAACUAAAACA